AUGCUGCUGCUCGCAUCAUGCGUGGGCCUCGCCUGGUCCUGGUCGACGCGCACCGUCGGCGGUGUGCGCACGCGAAGCGCUCCGGCCGUCGCGGCCGCGGCAGCAGGACUCGCCGCUGACGCUGCGAUGGCGGCCGACGCCACUGACACUGCCGAGUAUCUCUGGCGCGGUGAGGUGCCUCUCCCUGGCGCCGACUGUCAAGAGCGGCUGGUUGGCGCGUCGCCAGGCGUCGCGCUCCGCGUGCUUCGAUGGUCGCCCACCGACUCUGCCGCCGCCGGCCGCCGGCCGCUGGUCUUUGUCGCAGGGUGGGGCAGUGUCUUUGAGGGAUGGCGGCCGCUGCUAACGACGUGGGCGUCUCGCCGGCCGAUCAUCUACAUCGAGACGCGCGAGAAGAAGUCCGCCGAGUUUGACUUUCGGCCAAACGUCGCCGACUUUGCGAUGGCGCGGCAUGCUGACGACAUCGCCGCUGUGCUCGCGGCGAUCGGCGUCGCACCUUCCUCGGUCGACUGGUUCUCGUCGUCGCUCGGCGCGACCCUGCUGCUCGACGGCUUCCAGCGCGGCGCACUCGACGGCCGCGCGUCAGUCAUGCUCGCGCCCAACCCCGCCUUCAAGUUUCCGCUCUGGGCGAGGCCGCUGCUGCGGCUCCCUCUGCCUCGGCGGGUGUACGCGCGGCUGCAGCCGCUGGGGAUGUGGGCGGUGCGGCGGAAGACGAAGGAGCCCGCGCAGCGCGCGCGGUACGAGCGCUCGCUCGCGGCGCAGGACCUGGAGCGGCUCGUGCUGAGCAUGAAGGCGAACCUGGGGUACACGCUCCCUGCGGCGUGCGACGCGGUGGCGAUGCCGUGCGCGGUGCUGGCCGCCUCGUCCGACACGCUGCACGGGAUGGAGCAGGUGGCGAGCGUGGUGGAGCGGCUGCCCAACGCCACGCUGAUCGAGGUGCCCUCCAACCAGUACGCGCACGAGGCGGACGUGCUCGCGGACGUGGAGCCGUUCUACGAGGCGGUCGGGUGCGCGCUCGCGGCGGUGCCGCUUGCAGCGACGCAGGAGGCGGCGGCGGCGGCGACGGAACAGGCGGCCGCUGAAGCGCUGCAGCCGGCUCUGGCGGAGGCUGCGAUUGCGGCGGCGGUAGGGUGGGACGCCAAGCAAGAGAGAGAUUUUGAGAUUUUGCAAGCAAGUGGCAAAUCACCCUCUUUGUCGGUGUGCCACACGAGCCGCGCCAGCCUGAUGUCGAAGGCCUUCGAAGCUCAGUUCCAGAGGUCCGGUCCGGCGUCGCCGCGGCCGGAGCGCGAGUCUGCGCCCGUCGAUGCCGCCUCCGCCCUCAAGCGCUUCACCGAGGGUGGGGAGAAGGCCGACACGAUGAGCGGCAAAGAGAUGUACGCCAUCGUCGACAUGCUGAAGCGCGAGCACGGAGCGGAAGCGGCCGCGCUCGAGGCGUCGCUUCUCAAGGUGAAGCGCCAGCUCGAUAAGAAGAUCAUGCUGCUUGAUUGGGUGGGAGAGCACGUCAGCCCCGCCGCCGCAGUAGAGAAGCCUCGGCGGGCUUCGCUCGCCGACUGCACAAACACAGCGCCGCCGGCCGCAGAGGCGGCGGCGCCGCUGGCGACGGCCGCGGACGCCAUCAAGCGGCAGCAGGCGUCACGCUCCUCCGCCACCCAGGAGGCUGCGCCGGCCGCCGCCAAGCCUCCGGCGGAGGACGGUCGCAUCGCCCGGAUGGCUGCUCUCUUUGUCGAGGGCAAGGACGCCCUCUCAAUGACGGGAGGCGAGAUGUUCGAGGUGAUCGGCUGGCUCAAGCGGCUCGGACACGCGGAGGUCGAGGACUCGCUGAUUCGCGUCCGGCUGCAGGGCGACAAGAAGACGCAGGCACACCUCUCCCGCCCGCCACACGCCUCAGCCCGCCCGGCGGCGAUGCGACGGCCGAGACCGCGCCGCGCCACCCUCACCCCCACCCCCACCCCCAAACACUCGCAGCUGGUCUCCUACCUCAAGAGGAACUGGGCGACGCUGCCGACCGCCGCCGCCGAGCCCGCCGCCGCCGCCGCCGAGCCCGCCGCCGCCGACACCGCCGCCGCCGACACCGCCGGCGUCGAGGCUGCCGCCGCGCUUGCGCCGGCCCGCUUGGCGCGGCCGCCAGCGGCGCCGCUCGGCGACGCUGCGAGUCUGGAGCGGGCGGACGGCGGGCGGAGGCCCGUCGCGGGAGGGAAGGUGGUCGCCAUGGAGGCGACUCUCUCGCGGAUGGAGGAGUCGUUUGCCUUUGCCGUCGAGUGCAUGACUGCCGACAUGGCGCAGGCGCGCAGGCAGCUGCACAGCCUCAAGCUCGCUCUCCACUCGGCCCACUAG